UGGCAUUACGAGAGGUUUUCUCGAUACGGGCCGUGAGUCUGGGUUGCAUCACGGUCACCCAGUGAAACCUUCAGCGCUCUCCCUCUGUUACAAACGAGAAGCAAUUUCGCUCAGAGACAUCAUGUGCUGGCAGAUUUGAGUUUGUGCUUCAGUUUUUGGUUAGGUAUCCGUCCUCUCCAAAGCUGCUUUUCGCAACGGCAGGGCCAGAUUAUGGCGGGCAAAUCUCACAAUCUCUUCCACCCUCCAACUGUAGUUGAAUUUGCAGGGACCAGUCGAUCUACUGCGGUUUUAGGCAAUUGGCGCCACUCCUCCUUCUGAAUGCCAAGAAGUUGCUUAUCAAGCAAGCUUGAUGGCAGUCUUCACUGCACUUUUAUUACUCCUGGCGCUUGUCUGCUCCUCAGUUGCUGCCCCCAGGUCACUUCUCCAGAUUGCAAAUCCUACCUUCACAAAUGGUGACUUUGCCCUCCCCGGGUUUUCUGCUCUAAACUCCGGCGGCUACGCAACGUUCAGCUCACGUGACGUCAUUCCUGGCUGGGUUAUUACUGCUGGGACCGUUGACUAUGUUUCUGCGAGGCAAUGGCAAGCGCCUCCUGGUGCCUCGUACAGCCUCGACUGCUCCGGAAACGAGGCAGGGUCCAUUCAGCAGAAUUUUGUCACAACGCCUGGGUCCUCUUACACCGUGUCUUUCUACCUGGCGGGCACUCCUACCGGCUCUCCCAUCAAAACGCUCCAGGUCUCGAAGGCCGGGGCCACCCAGAACUACACUUUUGACAUCACCAAUACGACUGUGGAGCAGAUGGGCUACCUGCCUAAGGUGUUUGACUUCGUGGCGACCGCGUCCGCCACAACCUUGGUCUUCACGUCCUUGACUCAGGAGGGGAAUGGGCCGGUUAUUGGCAAUGUUUUUGUUACAGAAGGGACAGCCCGCCCAAUUGCCCCUGCUAUUGCCCCUAUCCCAGGGCCUGCUCCGGCCUUGGCAACACCCGAUUCUGCUGGUACUAUUGGCCCCGUCAUAGGCGGGGUUCUUGCUGGAGCAGCUCUUCUUCUGGCCCUUGCAGCCCUGAGCUUAUUCUGCCUGUACCGGCAAAAGAAACGUAGGUCAAGCCUACAGUCAACAUUGGAGGAAGGGGGCAAGGACGAAACGCUAGGGAAAACAACACCCCAGCACCCGGUCUCCAAACCUCGUCAGGAGCAUUUUACUCUCAAGCAACUGCAAAAGGGCACUGACAGCUUCAACGGCACCAACAUCAUUGGAAGGGGGUCGUUUGGAAUCGUGUACAAGGGUGUCCUCGAGGACGGGUCGGUCAUCGCUGUGAAACGGUUGGAGUCAAGGCCUGGCCGCAAAGACAUCGAAGAGAGGUCCUGGAAAGCGGAGGUCGAGGCUCUUGGCAAGGUCCGGCACAAGAACCUUGUGCCUCUCCUGGGAGUGUGCGUGGAUAGGGGGGAGAGACUGUUGGUGUUCGAGCACUUUGUUCGGGGGAGCCUGGACAGACGCCUUCACGAUCCGAGAGAUGGGGAGCCGGUGUUGUCAUGGGCUGACCGUAUCAACAUUGCGCGCGGCGUCUGCAGAGGGCUGAUUUACCUCCACAACGACAUCCGGCCACCCAUCGUGCAUCGGGAUAUCAAGGCUGCCAACGUUCUGCUUACUGAUGACGAGAUAGCGAAUGCGUGCAUUGCCGACUUUGGGCUCGCACACUUAGUCCAGGACUCGGGAUGGAAGACUUCUACCAUGGUCAAGGGGACGGUGCCAUACAUGGCCCCAGAGUACCUGCAUGGUGGGGCGAGUUUCUUGACCCCCAAGUGCGACGUGUACAGUUUUGGCAUGCUCUUCCUGGAGCUCGUGAGCGGGCGUCCGGUGGUGAGCCAGAUCAGGUCCGGAGUAAUGGAGCGCCUUUCCAAGAUCGCCGUAGACAUGACCAGGGAGGGCAAGAUAUUGGAGCUGGUCGACCCAAAACUUGGGAAUGAUUAUGACGUGAACGAAGCCCGGAACUACAUUCAUGUGGCUCUGGCUUGCUUGCGAACGGACCCCUCUGCCAGACCAAAUAUGGAAAGCGUGGGUUCGCAACUGGCGCUGGUACAAGUUGUUGAUUCGAGUUUCAGAGAGGAAGAUUUGUGGGAUUCGGAGGGAUCGUCUCCGUUAGUGGGUAGCCUGAGCUCGUCCUCCAACGUACUUGCGAACAAUCAGAGCACGGUGUUGGUUGCUUCGAGGUUUGUUACGCCUAGAUAGUCUGUGGCUUAUGGAGAUGUGGUGGCAUUUGUGAAAGGGACUGAAAAUAAUCUUUACGUGCUCAGUUCAAUCUUUCUUAUAUUCAAGACUUGCGCUUGCGCAUGAGCGCCGACGAGGCCUGACUUUGUCGCGUAAUUACUUUUGCACGAAACUGCGCAUUAGCUUGUGUCCAAUGAUGCUUC